AUGAGCUUGCAUCGUAUCGUGGUCGUUUUACUCAAAAGCAUAAUAUGGUUCGGAAUCUUCGCGUCGGAAUAUUUCAGUUGCGUAGAACGAAAAGGGUUGAGCCGGGCGGCGGGCAUAGCUGGGGCGAGGCGGAAGGGCGCGGGGCUAGGGGCGGUGCAGAUGCCGGUGCAUUGCGUCCCCCCGCCGGGAGGGGAUCGCGCCGCGCCUGCCCAUUGCCAAGUUCAAUGCCAAGGUCAUGCGCGCGCGAGUGCGGCUGCGCGCCGCAAUGCAGGAGCGGCCGCCGGCCGUGGCUCGGCCGUCAGUGCCUCGCCGGCGACCGCGCUGCACACCGCUCACGAGCAACGCCCGCACGCAAAACGCCCCCGCAAAACGAACGAUUCCGCCAGCAGCCCACGGUCUGCACGAGACCCGCUCAUCGAUACGUGCGGUGUGCCCGUAGCUGGCGAACUCGACGUGUCACUG